CCUUCCUCAUCCCUUCAUCUACAUUUCUAUCUGCGCUUGCGAAACAAAUUCCAUCACCAUCACCAACAACAUUCUUUACCUACAACAACCUACAACACACAUUCCGAUACCAUCUUCCCUGCGAUAACGCAACGUAGGUGUUGGAGUGUAUGUCUGCCCCCAUCGGAGCUGGUAUUGAAACAAAGAACGAAAGGGUCGAAACCUAAACAUGACGACUACUGCUACAACAGCGAAACAGGCGGAGGUGCCUGAGCUUUCGAUUAGCGGAGUCUCUUUCGUAUCGCUGGUAGCAUCCAACGAAGACCUGUUCUACGAGACCGUCGCCUUCUACAUCGACUUUGGCUUCGUCGAGGUAUCCGUGUACGACCGCGCACUCCCGACACAGAAGCGAGAGAGCGACCACUGCUUCACGUCCGAGAAGGAGACCUGGCUGCUCUCGAAGGGCGACGCCGAGGACGAUGGCGCCAACGUCACAUUGAAGAUUAGAUUCGUUAGCGAAUCGCGCGGCAGCAACCGAUGGAACGACGGCGCUGGAAAGAAGGACGAUCCGCCGCUGGACGCCGCUCACGAGAACGACUGGCGUGGCAACACCCAGAGCUGGGUCUUCCACACCCCGCACAUGGCUCGCAUCAUCGAAAUGCUUAAGUCGAAGAAGCUGGAGUUCCAGUGCCAGCCCAACGAGCGUGAUGUCAUCGAAAUCUACACCCAUGACCCCCUCGGAACUCUGGUCGGUUUCACGAGAAAGCCCAACCCGUUCACGACUAAUACUUCCGGCCCUACUAUGAGUUUGAUGCCCAAUACCGUCGAGACCGGGAUGAUGGGUACUCCCAUGGUGAGCCGACCAAUCAGCCCCGGUGGCAGCGUCAAGAAGAAGCGGAUUGGCAUUAUGACAUCCGGAGGAGAUGCGCCUGGUAUGAACGCAGCUGUACGAGCGGUCGUGCGAAUGACCAUCGCCAAGGGGUGCGAGUCCUUUGCCAUCUACGAGGGGUACACAGGUCUGGUGAAGGGCGGAGAGUUCAUCAAGAAGAUGAGCUGGGAGGACGUACGAGGCUGGCUGUCUGAGGGCGGUACUUUGAUCGGUACUGCCCGGUGCAAGGAGUUUCGAGAGAGGGAUGGUCGUCUGAGGGGUGCCAAGAACCUCAUCAUUAACGGGAUCGAUGCCCUCAUCAUCUGCGGUGGAGAUGGUUCGCUCACUGGAGCGGAUAUCUUCCGGCGAGAGUGGCCCGGCCUACUGGCUGAGCUCGUCAAGAAUGGCGAGCUCAAGCAGGAGCAGAUUGAGCCGUACCAGAACCUCAACAUCGCUGGAUUGGUCGGCAGCAUUGAUAACGACAUGAUCGGAACUGACGCCACGAUCGGAUGUUACAGUUCGCUCACCAGGAUCUGCCAGAGCGUAGAUUUCAUCGAUGCCACAGCCUACUCACACUCGCGAGCUUUCGUCGUCGAGGUCAUGGGACGACACUGCGGGUGGUUGGCGCUGAUGGCUGGUGUCAGUACCGGGGCGGACUUCGUAUUCUUGCCUGAGAAGCCCCCGGCUAAGGGCUGGGAAACCGAGAUGUGUGCAAUCAUCGCGAAGCACCGUGGCAUGGGCAAGAGAAAGACAAUCGUCAUCGUCGCGGAGGGGGCCACCGACCGGGACCUGACUCCAAUUACCGCAGAAUUUGUCAAAAAUGUGCUUUCGAACAAGAUGGGCCUCGACACAAGAAUCACCACGUUGGGUCACGUGCAGCGUGGAGGAACUGCUUGUGCAUACGACCGUAUGCUGGCCACCCUCCAAGGUGUAGAAGCCGUCGAAGCAAUUCUUGCAUCGACUCCGGAUAAGCCCAGCCCUGUGAUCACCGUUAGCGAGAACAAGAUUGGCAGCCGCCCGUUGAUGGAGGCUGUAGCACAGACACAAGCUGGAGCCGCUGCUAUUGCAAGGAAGGACUUUGUUGGUGCCAUGGCUCUCCGCGAUGCCGAGUUUGAGGAGUACUACCGCUGCUACAUGGCGACAACCAAGCUCGACGACCUGAGCAAUAAGGCUGCUGAGGACAAGCGGAUGCGUAUUGCAAUCAUUCAUGUCGGCGCCCCUGCCGGUGGAAUGAACGCUGCCACUCGUGCCGCUGCCACCUACUGUCUGUCCCGUGGACACCGUCCUUUCGCUAUCAACAAUGGCUUUCCCGGACUGGUCAGGCACGACUCUGUCAAGGAGCUGACAUGGCUCAUGGUCGACAGCUGGGCUAUCCGUGGAGGUUCCGAGAUCGGUACCAACAGAAGCUUGCCGAGUGAGGAUAUGGGGAUGGUCGCCUGGUACUUCCAGAAGUACAAGUUCGACGGACUUUUGAUCAUCGGUGGUUUCGAGGCAUACCACGCUCUGACGGAACUCUACCAGGCCCGGACGUCUUACCCUGCUUUCCGUAUCCCGAUGACUUGUUUACCCGCGACCAUCUCCAAUAAUGUCCCUGGUACAGAGUUCUCGAUCGGCUCCGACACUUGUUUGAACGCUUUGAUCGAAUACUGUGACGCCAUAAAACAGUCUGCUUCAGCUUCCAGGAGACGUGUCUUCGUCGUCGAGUGCCAGGGAGGCCGUUCCGGAUACGUCGCUACCAUGGCUGGUCUCAGUGUGGGAGCGUUGGCCGUCUACACUCCUGAGGACGGCAUCAACAUUGCGACCUUGCAAUCCGACAUCGAGCAUCUGCGUGAAUCUUUCGCUAAUGACAAGGGCAUGAACCGGGCUGGAAAGCUCAUCUUGCGAAACGAACGUGCCUCUAAGACAUACACGACUCAGCUUAUCGCCGACAUCAUUCGCGAGGAAGCGCACGGGAGAUUCGAGUCACGUACCGCCGUUCCCGGCCACGUCCAGCAGGGUGGUACUCCUUCGCCGAUGGAUCGUGUUCGUGCCGUGAGGUUGGCUGUUCGAUGCAUUCAGUUCAUGGAGGCAAACUUCACGAAGAUCAUCGACGAGGGGCAAAACACUGGACGCGGAUGCAUGGACCGACCGGAAACCGCCGCUGUUAUAGGUAUUAAGGGUGCCAGCGUCGUAUUCACGGGGGUCAACGAAUUGCAGGAGAAGGAGCACACCGACUGGGAGCAGCGCCGCCCUCGCCGCGGAUUCUGGAGGGAUCUGAGAAACAUCGUCGACACGCUUUCGGGCCGCUAUGGUGUUCCCGGCAAGGAGUAGAGCUGAUCUGGGUUUCGUUGGUUUUUUUUCUCGAGCUACUUAGUUGGAUUUUUCACCUUUCUUAUGGGAGGUAGAUGAAUUAUGAUCU